GUACUUAUCGCGUCCUUUGCACCUCAGAAUAUGUCUGAUACCCAAGAACGCAAGGCUUGGCAGCCUAUCCACCCAGACUUCCUCCCGAAACUGCUACCAGAGUAUAUCAAACACCACAAUGCGACAACUCUUUGGUCCCCUUCCGUUCAUCAGAUCCCAUGGGAUCCCUCUUUCCGCCAGAACCCACCUGUUGCGGGCGGUUCGACACCGCUGAAAGUCGGAAGUGUGAAAGAUCUUCCUUUCAGCAAGUGCAAAGUUCGAGUUUUCACUCCCGAGGGCAACCCUCCUGAAGGUGGUUGGCCAGUACUUAUCUAUUUCCAUGGUGGCGGCUGGUGUCUCGGCGACGUCAAUACGGAGAACGCAUUCUCAACGAAUGCUUGCAAACGUGCAAAUUGUGUCGUAGUUUCCGUUGACUAUCGUCUUGGUCCGGAGAUACAAUAUCCUGCAGCUGUGGAAGAUGCUGAAGAGACUCUCAAUUGGGUCUUUAAGAACGGUGCAAGUGAACUCGGAAUCAAUGCAACUAAGAUAGCUGUGGGCGGUUCUUCCAGCGGCGGGAACCUUGCGGCAAUCAUUACUCACAAGGCAGCCUUAUCUAACCCACCUAUUCCACUAACUUUCCAGGUGUUGAUUGUACCGGUGGUAGAUAAUACUGCAUCUACCAAUGGUGUUCCUCAUGCUUCAUGGAAGGAGAAUGAGAACACACCUGCUCUCAGUCCAGAGAAGAUGAUUUGGUUCCGAGCUAAUUAUAUGCCAAACGAGGCCGAUUGGCCAAAGUGGGAUAGCUCGCCGAUCUUCGCACCAGCAGAGUUGUUCGCAAAGGCUCCAGCUGCAUGGAUCGGUGUUGCCGAGCUUGAUAUUCUACGAGAUGAAGGCCUUGCCUAUGGUGAAAAGUUGAAGGAGGCUGGUGUCGAUGUCGAGAUUAAGAUAUAUAAGGGUGCACCUCAUCCUAUCAUGGCUCAGGAUGGGUAAGUUCAAGUCAUCUUCUCACAUUGCGGAUUACAUUGAACAUUAGCAGGGCCUUGGAAGUGGGCAGACAGUUGAUAACAGACGCUGUUCAAGCCUUAGCGAAGGCUUUUGGAUCUAAUAGUAUAUAGUGGGUUCUCAUUGCUCCAACCAGUUCAAUUGCAUUCCAACAACCGUGUAUGGCUACAGAAACGGCGACUGUUGGAUGCGUAACAUUCCUUGGUAAAGUGUUUAGGCUGCUGCUAUGGCUUCGAUCUCCACGUCCACGUCGUUGGGCAGCUUCGCAGCCUGGAUGCAAGUACGAGCAGGUUUGGGCGUUGGCAGCACUUGAGUAGAGGUUAAGAGGACGAGUCAAAAUAUGAACAAAACAAACCUACAUUUCUCAUAUACUUCAUUCAUGGAGGCGAAGUCGUCCAUGUUCUUAAGAUAAACGUUGACUUUCACUACCUGCUCCCAUGAAGAGCCAGCAGCUUUGAGUACAUUCCCCAAGUUCUUGAUGCAUUGCUCCUAUAAAAAACAUACAACUC